AUGGAUUCACAAGAGGAACAGCUUGUACAAGCUGUAGAUAUUGCUUCCAAUGCCUCGACAGUGUCCGAUGCCGGUCUCGUUUCACAAGCGCUUGCUUACCUCGAGCAGCUGAAACAGAACACGGAGGAAAGCUGGAACACGGGAUGGGCCAUAUGGACAGCACGAACAGAUGAUCGCUGCUCUCCAAAAUGGAGUCAUGCGGCGCGGCUCUUUGGCUUGAACCUCGUCGAUGACUUUUUGGACAAGCGGUACGUGGCACUAUUGGUAUAUGCUAACGCUAGUGUGCAUCAACUCCCAAAUGCUCCUGAGGCGUUGUCUUUUCUGCAGGAGUCGGCACUUUCAUACCUACAAAGCGAAUUUGUUUUGUCGAAUGGCGAAAACGGGCUCAGUUUCAUGAAAAAUAAACUCGCACAAACCCUGUCGCUCCUUGUGCUGCAAACGUACAGCCUCAGCACAUCUUACUCAUUUUUUAGCGUGCUACUUGCACUCUGCACCACAUAUGCGCCAGCACAGCAGGUGCAGAACGGAACUCUAAACGCGAUUUCCACAGAUUUGGUCAUGCGUGUAUUGCACGAUCUUUCGUUGAGUCUCGGCUCGGAUGUGGCCUUGCGCUCCGUCCGUUCCAAGGAGCGGCUCCAGCGUGACUCGGCUGUGCGCGAUGAGAUCCGUGCGAACCACGCCAUGGCCAUUGCCGAUCUCUUGUGGAAAAUUGCGCAAGACGCGUUGCAGGCAAUGGAGUCGAGCAAUGGCCAAGAUAAGUCCGAGCAUUAUCUCACGCCGUCCAAUGCCGGCGCACUUGCUCAGCUUUCGAUGGCCGUCGUGGGCGACUACGUGUCUUGGAUCGAUAUCUCCUUGAUCAUCAAUGUGCACACAGUACCUUUGCUAUUCCAAGCGCUUCACUCACAGCAUAUGCAAUUGCGUUGUGUAACUUCUGAUACGCUCUGCGACGUGCUGUGCAAAGGUAUGAAACCAGGCGACAAAUUAUCCAUGAUCAAGGGCCUGAACAUGGACGAUGUCGUUAGCUCGUUGGAGCGCUCAACGCGCUCAGCGCCAGGCGCGAGCGGAGAAGCACAAGCCGAGUUUAGAGAACACUUGGCCAAGCUUUUGAAUGCAACGUGCACAGAACUGGUCAAAAUUGCAGAAGAUGCGAGCGAUGCCGAAAUGCAGGACAUGGCUCAUGGCACCUUGCUUGCCUGUUUGCAGACCGCGCUGGCAUUCUUGGCAGACGAAUACGAUGAACCCACAGAGCAGCUACUGCCUUGCGUCCAUCUCGUCCUUGGCUUGUACAAGAAAAAUAAACGCCAAGGGGAAAAUGUGGGUGUGACGUUGAGUCCGGCACAAACUGAGUUUGUGGUGCAGCUCAUUGCGCUUGUCCUACACAAGUUUAAGUUUGACAGCGAGAUCGACUGGCAAGACUCAUCCCUCGUCGGCGGCGCGGCAUCUGGUGGCGAUGACGACGACGAAGAGGACGACGAACACCUUGUCAAGUCUUUGGAGCUCCGAAAACAACUCCAAGUCACACUCGGUGCACUUGCCGCGAUUCACGAGCCGCUUGUCCUAAAUGCUGUUCAGUCGCUUGUCUUUUCUACCUUGGCGGCCGUCGGUCAGCAAGACUUGCCCUGGGAGCAAGCGGAGCUCUGCCUCUACGUGAUUUACUGCUGCGGCGAAAUUCUUCACUCCGUGCGCGGCAACAAAGUCGGGCUCGGGCCCCACUCUUUUGUGCAAGUACCACAGGAGCCAGGAAAAUCGCGCAAUGUGCGCCAGUCUAUUGCAGUGUAUCAGUCGCUGCCCCCAAACCAGCUUGGAGAGAUGCUCGAGCGUCUUUUCCAUUCCUCUAUAUCCACCCAUCCCCACCCCGUUGUGGUGCUGCAAUACUUUGAAUGUAUCGUGCGCUACUCCUCCAGCUUUUUGCUCUGGCCCGACCUGAUUCCCGAGGCACUCUCGGUAUUUUUGGGCGAGCGCGGAUUGCGUAAUCCGCACGUUGGUAUGCGGCGCAGGAUUAACUACCUGUUUUAUCGCUUUGUGCGCGACACACGCACAGCGGUUCCCUCUGCAUUUGUCCCGAAAGUACUGGAAGGGAUGCAAGAAGCGUUUGUCAUUAAUGCUGUGCUUCCAUCGGUCACUAACGACGAGGACCCUUUGUCCAAGGCCACAGAAAAAGCAGGUGCCUUUGACAGCCAGCUCUAUCUCUUUGACACCGCUGGCCUGCUUAUUGCGCAGCUCGGCGCUGCGCCAGAGACACAGGUCAUGCUGUUUAAAGCGAUCACCAUACCACUCUCGGAGCAGUUGCAGCAGGCUGUGCAGCAAUUUGGACAGGACACGAGUAACUUGCAGACCGUACUCCAAGUACACCAUCUGACCCUCGCACUCAGCACGCUGGCCAAGGGAUUCCCCGACUACGAUCCUGCACGCGCCACAAUACCUGCGUGGAUCCCAGAGUUCAAGCCGGUGACGGAACAAAUACUUAUGGCACUCACAGCCCUGAAUCAGUUUCUUAUUGUGCGCGAAGCUUCGCGCGGUGCUUUCGCGCGCAUAGUUGCAUCCGCCGGUCCUGCCGUUUUGCCGUAUAUUCCGACGCUGACCAAUGCGCUGGUAAACCAAGUAACGGAAGCGGAGCUAGUGGAUCUCGUUGGGUUCUUUGGUUUGAUCAUUCACAAGUACAAGGAAAACGUGCACGGCGUGGUGGAUGAUUUGUUUUUUGUCCUGGUGAACCGUAUUUUUUCCUUCCUAAACCAGGGUGUGCAAGGCACAGACGACCUUGUUCGGCGUUCUGAUACAGAGCGCGCGUACUUUGGACUGAUUAAUGCGCUGUUGAGCGCCGGCCUCGACCGUGUGCUGCUCUCAGAAAAGAACCAACAACAGCUGCAAACCGUGCUGCAAAGCCUGGUCUAUUAUGCCGAGAAUGGCGAGGCAGUUACCCAGCGCAGUGCGAUCGGUGUGCUUGUACGGCUCGUCGCGCUCUGGGGCCGCUCUUCGAACGACACGCAAGCGGGCCUCCCAGGAUUUGAACAAUUUAUGUACACUGCCAUGCUUCCGAUUGUGUUCCAAGUGCCGAGUAAGGCCUCGUUUGAUACCAGCGACGCACAGUCGCAGUUGGUGCUUUCUGAACUCAGUGUACUGCUCAAGACCAUGUGCCAUGUUCGUAAGGAUGAGUUUAUCCAGUACCUGACGGGGGUAUAUUUGCCGCGCGUGCAAUGCCCUCCUGAACUGGCCAUGGAACUUGCACAAAAUAUCUUAGCGCUCGAGGCGAAACCGCUCAAGCGUUAUCUCGAGACGUUUAUUGCAAAAUCACGCGGUGCAUAG